AUGACAAAGUCGAACCCAACUUCCCACUCGGCAAAGCAGAGUUCAAAUGAUAACAACUCGUCACCGCCUCAGACGGCAAACAUUGGGUAUUUAUCACUGUCUGCCUACAACCUCGGUGAUAUCAACCUCUUCCAUGGCGUACCGUUCUUAUCGCACAAGGGCCAAACAUGGGUUGGAUUUCGUAGGGAGACUGUUAACUCGGAGGAUGCAGAUCAUAAGGCGCCUGAGCCUCUUUGGUCCAGUCAGCACCAUGUAUUCAACGCCGAAACCCUGCGGCAGGGAGCGAGGAGGGAGUUGCCACCCCGCAACGUUCUCGAAACUCGCCUCGCACUUUAUCAACAGUCUCAAUUUUCCAGCUAUCUACCACUCAUUGAUCCGGUAUUGUUUGCCAGGACUGUUGAAGAGGCGUACAAAGACAGCCAUCCGGAAUCAAGCGCAGCUUUACCGGCGAAAGCAUGUGUCUUUGCAUUUCUUGCCCUUGGAUCACUAGUGAGCGACCGAGGAGAAAACCCUUCGACCUCUCCGCAUAUCGAGGGCUGCGACAUCGCUGGUCAAUCGCUCAUACCUGGUCUGUUGGAGGCACGGCCGAGCAUUGAGACUGUUGAUGCCCUCGUGAUGAUGGUAGUACAUCGAUUCAGCUGUGGAGACAUCCAUAUGGCCGAUAUCUUACUGUCGCUUUUGUCCCGAUUCAUUUUCAUGUUGGGUGCAAACCUCUAUCCGGGUCGAGAGGUUGAUGGACUUCCUGACGAUUCCCCUUCCCUCGAAAUUCGAACAACUCUCCAUCUGCGUGAGCUUUUCUGGGUUUGCUACACGCUAGACAUGGACAUCACAUUUCGUACAGGCCGGCCGCCAUGCCUGAAUGACUCCUCCUGCGAUCUAACACUGCCACUUCAUUACCUAAAGCAAAUCUCGCCAAAUCUCACGAUUGGUUGGCGUUUUCCAGGCGACUUACGGCUGAGCAUUAUCAAGUCCAAAACCUACGAAAUACUCUACUCGCCGCAUUCUAUGAAAGCUUCCGACGCGGAAAUUCUGGAAAAUAUCCGAAUCCUUGAUGAUAUGCUGGAGAAGUGGAGGUUGUCGACCAAGCCUUUCGUUCCCAGAAAGCCUCGCAAACGGCUCAAAGUCCACCAGAGUGGAAAUUCCAGCUUUUUUAAUCUCACUUGA